CACCAGGGAAUCUACCUGGUCCAUCCAAGGAAGCGUUCAUCAGGGAACUCCGGCACUGGGGAAUGGACUGGUUGAGAGCCAAUAAGCUGUAGCUCAAUCCAGACUGGACAGAGCAUCCUGUGGAAUGGGUCAGAGUGGCUUGGCUGUCCGUUGUCCUUCCUGAGAGCCGGAGGUUGCGCUGAGGAGGCCUGGCUGAGGAGGUUAUGGUGCCCUCACUUCACCCUCUGAGUCCCCGGGAGAAGGAGAAAGGCUAAGUGGCCACGUCCACCGCUUCCUUCGUCUGCCAUGAGCCAAACACGGGGCUCCUCGGAGCUCCAUCACAUCAUCUCCGCCGCCUUCGAGGGGCCUGAGCAGGACGGGCCGAGCCCUGCAUCACCCCUGUAUGGGGGUCCGGAGCAGGAGGAGGAGAAGGACCUGAGCAAGGCACUGCGGGUGGAGCGCUUUGAGGAGAUCCUGCAGGACUCGCACCCGCGCAAUGUGGAGGAGGCUGGCCGGAGCUACAGCGAGGAGGACUUUGAGUACCACCGCCAGUCCUCCCACCACAUCCACCAUCCGCUGUCCAGCCACCUCCCUUCCGAUGCCCGGAGGAAAAAGGGCGGGGCGAAGAAAGGCAAGAAGCAGCGGCCCCGGGCCUCCGUCCCCGGGGAGACGCCCACCAUCGAGGAGGAGGCCGAGGGCGGGGAGGAGGAGGAGGAGGAGGAGGCCGACGAAGACGACGCCUGUGACACGGAGACGGAGCAGGCCCCCGAGGGCCUCCUGCUCACCGGGAGCUCUCCCGAGGGCGUGCAGUUCUUCUUGCAGGAGGACGAUGGUCUUGACCGGCGGACAGAGGGGUCGGUGAGCCCCACGCUGCCCCUGAGCUCCCCGACGCACUCCGGGGGCUCCCUGCCUGCCAAGGGGGCAAAGAUGGGCGGUUCAGAUGUCGAAGGGCCGGGGGGCGUGGAGGGGCCCGGUCUGGCCGAGGGGGGCUCCCCCGGACGCGCCCUCGCCAAGCCCCAGGCUGGCCACCGCAGCUACAACCUCCAUGAGCGCCGGCGCAUUGGCAGCAUGACCGGGGUGGAGCAGGCCCGGUACCAGAAGGUGCCCACGGACGAGUCGGAGGCCCUGACCCUGGCCUCUGCGGACCUGGACUACAUGAAGAGUCACAGGUUCGAGGACGUCCCGGGGGUGCGCAGGCAUCUGGUGCGCAAGAGCACCAAGGGCCAAGUGGUGCACAUCGGCAAGGACCGCAAGGAGACCAGCGCCCGGCAGCGCAAGCAAGACCGGCGGCCCCACGAGGUCUUUGUGGAGCUGAACGAGCUGAUCGUGGACAAGAACCAGGAGAUGCAGUGGAAGGAGACGGCCCGUUGGAUCAAGUUUGAGGAGGACGUGGAGGAAGAGACGGAUCGCUGGGGGAAGCCGCACGUCGCUUCCCUCUCCUUCCGCAGCCUGCUGGAGCUGCGACGGACCCUGUCCCACGGGGCCGUCCUUCUCGACCUGGACCAGAAGACGCUGCCGGGGGUGGCGCACCAAGUGGUGGAGCAGAUGAUCAUCUCUGACCAGAUCCGUGCCGAGGACCGCGCCAACGUGCUUCGGGCGCUGUUACUCAAGCACAGCCACCCCUCGGACGAGAAGGAUUUCUCUUUCCCCCGCAACAUCUCCGCCGGCUCGCUGGGCUCCCUGCUGGGCCACCACCACAGCGCCAACCACGUCGGAGAAGGGGCGGAACCGACGGUCACCGACCCACUCAUCGGGGGCCACGUUGGCGAGCACGAGACCCGGGUGGACAUUGAGAAGGAGAGGGAGGUCGUGUCGCCUGCGCUGCCUGGCAACAUCACACGAUCCAAGUCCAAGCAUGAGCUGAAGUUGCUGGAGAAAAUCCCCGACAACGCGGAGGCCACCGUGGUGCUCGUGGGCUCUGUGGAGUUCCUGGACCAGCCCACCAUGGCGUUCGUGCGGCUGCAGGAGGCCGCCCAGCUGGAGGCCGUGCUGGAGGUGCCCGUCCCGGUGCGCUUCCUCUUUGUGCUGCUGGGUCCGAGCAGCGCCAACAUGGACUACCACGAAAUCGGGCGCUCCAUCUCCACCCUCAUGUCCGACAAGCAAUUCCACGAGGCGGCCUACCUGGCGGACGACCGGCACGACCUCCUGCACGCCAUCAACGAGUUCCUGGACUGCAGCGUGGUCCUGCCCCCCUCGGAGGUGCAGGGCGAGGAGCUCCUGCGCAGCGUGGCCCACUUCCAGCGCGAGAUGCUGCGGCGCCGGGAGGAGCAGGAGCGGCGGCUGAUGCUGCUGGGGGCCGCCGCGGAACCCAAAUCGCCCGAGGAGAAAGCAUUGCUGAAGCUGAAGGUGGCAGAGGAAGGCGAAGAGGGUGACCCGCUGAAGCGCACGGGCCGCCCCUUUGGGGGGCUGGUCCGCGAUGUCCGCCGGCGCUACCCCAAGUACCUCAGCGACUUCCGGGAUGCCCUGGACCCUCAGUGCCUGGCUGCUGUGAUCUUCAUCUACUUUGCCGCUCUGUCGCCCGCCAUCACCUUUGGAGGGCUCCUGGGAGAGAAGACCCGAGGGCUGAUCGGGGUCUCGGAGCUGAUCAUCUCCACCUCGGUGCAGGGGAUCCUCUUCUGCCUGCUGGGCGCUCAGCCGCUCCUCAUCAUUGGCUUCUCGGGGCCCCUCCUCGUGUUCGAGGAGGCCUUUUUCACGUUCUGCUCGUCGCAAGGGCUGGACUACCUGGUGGGCCGCGUCUGGAUCGGCUUGUGGCUCAUUGUGAUCGUGCUGGUCAUGGUGGCGUUUGAGGGCAGCUUCCUGGUGCGUUUCGUCUCCCGCUUCACCCAGGAGAUCUUUGCCUUCCUCAUCUCCCUCAUCUUCAUCUAUGAGACCUUCUACAAACUGAUCAAGAUCUUUCAGGAGCACCCCCUCCACGGCUGCGUGAACGCGAACGACAGCAGCGCCGCCCUGGUGGAGGACGUCACGGCGGCCCCCAAGAACGGGACAGCCAGGCAAGCGUCUCCCAAAGUGACCGGCCAGCCGAACACGGCGCUGCUCUCGCUGGUGCUCAUGGCCGGGACAUUCUUCAUUGCCUUCUUCCUGCGCAAGUUCAAGAACAGCCGCUUCUUCCCGGGCCGGGUUCGGCGGGUGAUUGGCGACUUCGGGGUGCCCAUUGCCAUCCUGCUGAUGGUGCUGGUGGACUACAGCACCGAGGACACCUACACUCAGAAGCUCUCGGUGCCCCACGGCUUCUCUGUCACAGACCCCAAGAAGCGGGGCUGGGUGAUCAACCCGCUGGGCGACCGCCACGACUUCCCGGUGUGGAUGAUGGCGUCCAGCGCGCUCCCAGCUCUCCUGGUGUUCAUUCUGAUCUUCAUGGAGACCCAAAUCACUACGCUGAUCAUCAGCAAAAAGGAGCGGCAGCUGCGCAAGGGCUCCGGCUUCCACCUGGACCUGCUGCUCAUCGUGGCCAUGGGCGGCUUCUGCGCGCUCUUCGGGCUGCCCUGGCUGGCGGCCGCCACCGUGCGCUCCGUCACUCACGCCAACGCCCUCACCGUCAUGAGCAAGGCUGUGGCGCCGGGGGACAAGCCCAAGAUCCAGGAGGUGAAGGAGCAGCGGGUCACCGGGCUGCUGGUGGCCGUCCUGGUGGGCCUUUCCAUUGUGAUCGGAGACCUUCUGCGCAAGAUCCCACUGGCCGUCCUGUUUGGGAUCUUCCUCUACAUGGGAGUCACCUCGCUGAACGGGAUCCAGUUCUACGAGCGCCUCCACCUGCUGCUCAUGCCCCCCAAGCACCACCCGGACAUGACCUACGUCAAAAAGGUGCGCACGGUGCGCAUGCACCUCUUCACCCUGUUGCAGCUGGGCUGCUUGGCCGUGCUCUGGGCCGUCAUGUCGACUGUGGCCUCACUGGCCUUCCCCUUCAUCCUCAUCCUCACCGUGCCGCUUCGCAUGUGCCUGCUCAGCCGCCUCUUCACUGAGCGAGAGAUGAAAUGCCUGGACGCAGCCGAGGCAGAGCCCAUCCUGGACGAGAGGGAAGGCGUGGACGAGUACAACGAAAUGCCUAUGCCCGUGUGAAGGGUGCGGACGAAAGGGCUGCCAGGUGCUGGGGCAGCUCCGCCACCUGGACUGCGCCCACGGCCCACCCACCCUCCGCCUUGCACCCCAGUGCCUUUGGCGUCAGCAGAGGAGAAGCCGACUGGCCUCACGCUGCCGUUCGUGCCCGGCCCUUCCCCAAGGAUGGGCGGGCGGGCUGUGGAGAGGCCCCUCCCCAAUCCACCCACAG